AUGGAUAAUAGUGAUUUUUUAAAUUUUGAUGUAGAGGUUGAUUCAAUAGAACAACAAUGGAAUGCUACAUAUCAAAAAUUAAAUAUAAUUCAAGAUGAUUCAGACGUAGAAAGAUUAAUAAAUACAACAAAGGCAUGGUCUUUGAUUACAUUAUGGUUAGAUCCUUUCAGAUUUGAUAAGAAUGAAGAAGACUUUAAACAAAUUCCUAUAGUAAUUAGAGAUAGUUUGAUUAUUAUUCAACGUACACCUUUAGCAACUCGCUUGGUUGAAUGGUACAUUGAGCCUAUUAUUAGUGAUGAUGAAUCAAACAUUAAUGAUAAAUUAGAAAAUAAAUUCUGUGAAGAUUAUUCAACGAUAAUCGGUGAUAUUUAUAUUCAUUUUAAGAAAUUUGAAGGUUUACUUUUAGAAAUUUUUACUAGCUCUGACACAUUACAAAAAUUUUAUAUUCAAUAUCAUACACAUUUAUAUUAUUCAUUGAGUGAUAAGUUUCAGUCUAUUUCAAUUGUACCAUCAUUAUUUAAAAAUUUAACAAAAAUUUUUAUUGAAAUAUGUUUUCGGAAAUUUGAUCAAUUAAUAAGUCUUGGAUUCACAAAUAUCAAGUCAAUAUAUUCACUUUCAUCAAAAUUACCCAAAGCUUUACCUGGUAAUAAUGAACUUUUUGUUUGGAAAAGUAAGGAUGACUUAAGUGUUAUAUCUGAAAAACAAGAAUUGGAUUAUGCUGGAAUUGGUGUUGACGACAACGAUGAGAAUAAUGAUCCAAAUUCAUUUAAGAAUGAAUUAAUUAGUCAAAUUGUUACAUUUUCAAGUUUAUGCAAUAAAAUGCAUUCUUUGGGUUUAAUACAACGUACAAAAGAUGUUUUGGAGAAUACAUUGUGUGAACAGAUUGAAUCAAGGGUAGUAGAUACUUGCAGAAACACAUUUGAUAAAUCAAUGCUUCGACGUACAACAAAAUGGUUAUAUUCUGUUCUUUAUCCUUGGUUACAGAUUGUUAUAACUCCUAAUUUUUUAGAUUUCAAUAUUUCAAUAAAAGAUGAUAUCAACGUUUGGGUUAAAAGACUUAAUUAUCACUUUUGCAUGAUUUUUUGCAAUUCAAGAAUAUCAGAAUUAUUCGAUGUAAUUGUUGAUUUUCCUGAAUCUAAAACUGCCAUUAGUGAUUUAGUUAUAUGCAUGAAGAGAUUAGAUACAGAUUAUAAACAUCGACUUGUUCAAUCGCUACAAAAUGCGUUACUUAUUCCAGGUGCCAGUACAAUGGAUAUAAUAAAUACGUAUAUGUCAACUGUUAAAUGUUUAAGAUUAUUGGACCCUUCUGGCGUUUUAUUAGAAAAAAUCACUAUUCCAAUACGAAAUUAUUUACGGUAG